GUUGGCCUCGUACUUGAACUUCCCCCCCUCCCCUAGACAUUUCAUAGCGAGAAGGAAAAUAAGCAAAGUGUUUUCUUUCCUCUCACCUUCAUAUCAGCCAUGUCAAGCAGAAGAUCAUCCUCAAGAGCUUCUAAACUCGCAGAUGAUGAGAUUAAGGAGCUCGUCUUAAAAUUAAAACCUCUGCUACCCCAGCUUGAUCAUAGGCGCAACGCAUCGGUAUCAGCAUCAGGCAUUUUGGAAGAAACUUGCAGUUACAUAAGGAGGCUGAAUAAAGAGGUGGACGAUCUGAGCCAAAGAUUAUCUCAACUCCUGGAUUCUGCAGACAUCACUGAGGUUGAUGAACAGCUUAUUAGAAGACUUUUCCAACAUUAAUAAUGCCUCUCUCUCUCUCUCUCUCUCUGUGUGUCUCUGUGGGCUGCCUAUUUUAAUCAAAUGUCUUAAUUUGGUUGGACUUUCCAACCAGUGAGAGAUAUUGAUUAAUUUAUCAGAGGAAUAUGAUAUAUAUAUUUUAUUUAUGUUUUUUUUUUUAAAUUUCUGAAGUGUACCCUAUUCCCAUC